CAUGCAAAAACAGACAAGACAAGCUACGAGUAAUUUAUUAUAAAAAAUAACUUUUCCCUCAGAAAACUUCUGUAUGUUCAAUUAGUGGCAUUAUCUGAUGAUAAAAGGAGACGUCUCUGCAGGCUUUGUCCUGCAUUCUCUGCACAAACCCGAGCUAACAGAGUGAGCAGGUUGAUUAGGGGGAGGUUGGAUAAGUUAAACAAACAGCUUAUUAGUACAGAGGUUAUCUCAGGACAUAGGUCUAAUAAUCCUCUGCUUGCUAUCACUGACCAAAGGGGGGUGGUCAGUGAAACCAUGUGAUAUACACUGCACAGACUAUCAAUUACUCCCAGAGCAGGCAUUUAAUGAGGAAUUAGUGAAUAUGACUUGGAGAAGAUUAUAGACCAAAAAAAAAUGUUGUGUUGGAUUUUUGUUUUGGGAAUUUGUUCUAUCUCGUAUUGUGCUGCAGAGGACAGUGUGAGAUAUCAGGAAAGAGGAAAUGUCCAGUUUGUUCCCAUAGCAACAACUCCAUCUUCCCAAGCUGUUGUAGAAAAUGAUAUCAAAAUUAUGAAGGAGCAAAUAAAUUCACUUCUGAAGCAGCGAGAUUAUGACAGAGCUCACAUCAAAGAACUUGAACGAAGAACCAUUGAAAAUCGAGAUGCAUCCAUUAAGAACAAAGCAGAGGUGGUGCAGCUGAAGGUCCAAGUCUCCGAGAUUUUCUCCAGACUCACCACUAUUGAUGGAAACAUGGAGGACUUUCAGCUCCAGCAAGCUAACCUUGACAAUCUCCUGACCCAGAACAAGUUAGACAUCAGGGACAGUAAAUCUCAGAGAGACAACAUCAAGAGAUCUGUCCGCAAACUGGACAAGAAGUUGUCUCCCUUGAGAGAAGAGGCAUCCAACAAGUUCACGAAUUUGUCCACUAAGUUUGAUUUAUUUACUUAUGAGUACCGAAACACUACAGAGCAUCUGAUGCGAAGGCUAGCAAAAGCUGAGAUUAAGAUUGAAAGCAGGAAAACACAACACAAGACCGACAUCUAUGCCAAAAUGAAAGAGAAAUAUGGGAAGAAGAAGAAUUAUCCAGAUAUCAAUACCAAUGAAGUUGAGGGGUCCGGAGAGAUAGAUAGGGAGUUCAUAAAAACUGGACCUCUGGGUGGUAGUGAUGUGGAGGAGGGGAGUGGAGCUGGAGGAGACAUGCCCAUGUUUCUCAAAGUCAAGGACUUCAUAACAGAAAUAUAUGACCGUGACAUUGAAAUCUCUGCCCUUCAUGAAAUGUUCUUUGACAUGGAAGAUCACCUUGAGAGGAUAGAAGGAAAGAUGGCAUCCAUUCAGCUAGGAAACUUUAUGGAAAGACUGCAAAGUUCUCUCGUAAACUUCACCCAAAAUGUGAUAACCCUGGAUCAGUGGAAGGUGGCUAGUUCUGAUAUGGUGAAUUCUACCCAGAUCAACCAGCAGAAGAUUCAGCAGGUGACACGGAUGAUCCUUAACAAUACUCAACACAUACAGGAGCUGGAGUGGAAGCUCGCAAACACUCAGGGUCUGUCCUACCAGCAGUUCAGCUUACUCAGAAUGCAUGUCAUACAGCUAAACAACACUGUGCAAGACAUCAAAGAAGAUUUAGUAAAAAGAAAGAACAAGCACAGCAGUUACUCCAGCAGUGGCGUUAAUUCACAAGUCUCACUGCCUCAACUUAAAACCUUGUCUUCCCGAGUAGAGGACCUAGCCUUGCAGAUCAUCUACAACGAAAACCGCAUCUCCAAGUUAGAAAUUGAAGCACUCAAUAAUUCUCUUUUUGAAUGUCGUAAGUUUAAUGCAGAUGUGUAUCAAGAUAGCAGACUCCUGUUCCUUGAAAAAUCGCAGCAGCGAGUGAAUGAGGACAUGAUCAAAAUGCAGGAGGUCACCAGAAAACUUGACCAGGGUUUAUACCGAAUCUACCUCAGUUCAAAAAACAAUACUCAGCUCAUCUCAACCAAUGGUGCACAGCUUCAACAGUUGAAGAAUUUCUUGCCUUACAUCAUAGAGACUCAUCGAGAGAUGGUCAACUUCAGAUUUCAUCUUCCAAAAGACUGUGAUGAAUAUUACCAUCAUGGAAGCCGAUUGUCUGGAGAGUAUGUGAUUUACCCUACGUAUGCCAACAUGUCUCAGAUAGUUCAGUGUGAAAUGGAGGAGGGAAUCGGAGGCUGGACUGUGAUUCAGCAUCGAUUUGAUGGCAGCGUUGAUUUUGCCAACAACUGGAAUAUGUACGUCAGGGGGUUUGGUAAGACUGACGGUGAAUUCUGGAUGGGAAAUCAACUCAUCUACUACCUCACAACUGAAAAGAAAAACUCCCUUAAGAUAGAAAUGACUGAUCUUGAUGGGAAACUCUGGGUGGCAGAAUACGAAAAAUUCAUUCUGCUUGAUGAUGAAAAGUUCACCUUAUCCAUCGAUGGUUACCAUGGAAAUGCAACUGAUGGGUUGGGUUAUGGAAAUCGAAUGGGAUUUAGUGCAAUAGACAAAGACAAUGAUGGGGCUAGCUCUCACUGUGCAAUGUAUUACAUGGCAGGAUGGUGGUACAAACAUUGUCACUAUGGCAACCUGAAUGGCCGCUAUGACCUCGGAAUGGUGUGGUACAAUUUUGAAACUGACGAAUGGAUACAGCUAAAAUCCAGCAAAAUGAAAAUUAUACCAAAGAAAUAGUUAAUAAUUUUAACAUUCCACAGCUGCCAAAACUACCUCAACUUAAGUGUAUCAUUUUAUAUAGCAUAUUUCAUGUAUACUAAAAUAAAAGCUUAAAUUGAUUUGAAAUGUGAAAUAUUUGCAGAUGGGUGGUUAAUUUGUGCAUCCUUUUCUGCUUUCAUCUGUUAAGAUAAAAUUGGGUAGACAUGUGUUAGCUAUCAAUUUAUUUUAAAUUACAAUGCUUCAAUAGAUGACCUUCAUUUUAAUCUCCUUUCAUUUGCAAUUCACAGCUGAAAUCAAUUCAAGGAGAGAAACAAUAAGGUUCAUUGACGGUGCUCUCACGAGCUUAAAAAAAAUGAUGUCAAUGAAAUUCAAAACAGUUUUUCUUUUCAAUGUGUUACUGAAAUGUGUAUCAUUUACAUGUUAGAUGUAGUUGCACUUUUUACCUUGCUGACCUUUUAGUCUAUAUCUAUCGAGUACUUUUAGUUAAGAGGUUGGUGGUUUUUAUUGAAUUAUCAGAGUAAACAUUACUCUUCUGUCAGCAACAUAUCUUCAUUAUCAACGAUUACUGAUAAAAAAUGAAUUAAAAGUAAUAACAAAAGAUGUAUUUGAAUAAUGCAGGGCAGUAUUUCAUGAAUAAUUUCGCAUAUCCAGGUACUAAAUACAUUUACCAACAACAUCAAAAUGGAAAUUUUAUCAAUUUCUAAUCUUAAUUUGUAGUGACCUAAAAUUGAUAUG